GGCCGGCUGCUAUCACUAUAUGUGUUGAAACUUGAAACAAUCAAUUUUCAAUUUUCAAAUUAUCCGAAAUCACAACACCUCCUUUUCCAGCAAUGAAUCUCCACUUCAAUCAAACAAAAUUCUCUCUCUCGUAUAUUCGCAUCGCAUAAUUAAAUACUGAUCGCCAAAUGCCAGCUUUAAACCAUAAAUAAAUUUCAAACUUCAAAAUCCAUUGAUUCUCAACCCUCAAAUUUCCCCCCAAUUCCGCGGUAUGACGCUCCUCAUUCACUCGCCCGAAAUUUCAUUACUCGCCGGAAGUGGACUGCCUGGCAGAAUCACUCCGCCAAUCAGAAGAAGAAACCGCAAGCUUUCCGUAUCUUCGGGCAUUAAGGAUUUGGAAAAGAAAGAGGUUUCGAAAUUGAGGAGGGGCGGCUACGGAUACGAGGAUUGUUUGCUGUGGUUGUACGGGCAGGUGAAGCAGGACGAGACGGUGUCGUUCUCGGUGAGCGAGACCACGGAUGAGGAAGGGAAAAAGCAGGAUUAUUAUGUGAAUGCGGGUUACGCGAUUAGAACUAUCCGAGAAGAGUUUCCGGAGCUUUUCUACCGAGAACUAAGCUUUGAUAUAUACAGGGAUGACAUUGUCUUCAAGGAUCCACUCAACACCUUUUCCGGCAUUGAGAAUUAUAAGUCCAUCUUCUGGGCUCUAAGACUUAACGGAAGGAUUUUUUUCAAGGCCUUGUGGGUCGACAUUGUAAGCGUGUGGCAGCCUGUGGAGAACCUGAUAAUGGUCCGUUGGACUGUCCAUGGCAUCCCACGAGUACCGUGGGAGAGUCAUAGCAGAUUUGAUGGUACCUCUGAGUACAAGCUUGAUAAGGACGGGAAGAUCUAUAAGCACAAAGUUCACAACAUUGCGUUGAACGGACCUCAGAAGUUUCAAGUAAUUGGUGUGGAGCAGUUGAUUCAAUCAAUAGGUUGCCCCUCCACCCCAAAGCCUACUUAUUUUAAACUUCAAUCUCCUCCAGCGACAAAUAUUGUGCCCCUUGUGAAAUUGUCUGCUGUUAAAUGCUACUUAGCUUCUCUUCUAACCAGACUUAAAUCUGAGGUCAAGUCAUGAUGCACUAUGCAGUACCCUCUGGUCCGAGCAUUGCAGGCAGGAUUGGAUUUUGUGGAAUUGUAAGUGUUGAUAGGAACUCGAGUUUGUGCAGUAAAUAUCCAUUCUGUAUAGGCUCACCACCAUCAAGUAAAUAUAAUGACCACCUAGCAGUGUGUGUUUGCGGCUUUUGCCCAAGUUUGUACAUAGCUUCUGAGCUUGAAUCAAUGUAUCUCAGAAAUCAGAAUAGUAGUAGCAUCUUUUUCCUCA